UGACCAGAGGACAACAUGAGGGUUAAAACAACCCCAAUGAUCCCACGCUACUUCACAAUGUCAUCACAAAGUCGAAGUCUUCGGAUUAAGAGACAGAUCGGCAGAAAAUGACAUGUUGUACGUUCAACUGAAGAAAAAGUGCUUGUUGCUCCUACAAAACUUCCUGAUACAUUAGGUCAUAUUUGUGUAGCAUGUGGUUGUUUUUAUUGUCAUUGUCAUAUUUUUCUCUCUCUACUUUAUUUAUAGUUUAAUAGGAUUCCUACUAACACAUUUUUUUUGGGAUUCCUGUACUGUGUCAUAAAUGUCAUAAAUACAUCGGACAAUUUCUACUCUUUUAUUUCAAUCCCAGUACUUCUCAGUACAUUUAGGGCCUCAUCUUUAUAGGCGUGGCUGGUCAUGUGUUGUCAUUUAGGAGUAAAUCUAUCAGUGAAUAUGAAUCAUGCUCACAAAUAACAUAACAAAACAGUGAGCAGCUCAUUCCUUCUCCCCAGCUCACCUUUACAAGCAUUUAGAUUUGAUUGGAACUGAUGUUCUCAUCAAGAGUGACUUGAAUCAGAUCAACCAUAUAAUCUCCAUUCAUUAGAUCACUAAUACCACAAUCACACUUAAUAUCCUACCAUGUACCGACAUCUAGGUCCCUCCCAACCGCUUACAACAACUUUUUCUUUCUUAUCUGCAAUAUUUUUUUACCGUAGUUGCCACUUUUUUUAAAAGGUCAAAAUGUUUAACCUGCUUCGUGAAAUUCCUCAGAUAAGCCAUAACUACUGAGUAACCUGGAGUAUAAAAACACGCUACAGAUGUGUCACUAUGCCUCUUGACUUCCUAAGGAUUGGAGACAUCAUGAAAACAGAACAACUCUUUUUUCUGCCAUUAGAACAAACCACAGGAUCAUCACCUUAAAAAAAAGGUUAGGGUUAGUAAAAAAAAGAAGUAAAAUAAAUUUAUUUAUUUACUUUUAGAAUCACUGAAAUUAUGGCGGGCUUCAGUAUUUUAGUGUCCUUGAUGGAUUAUUAACUAAAGCGAACUAAUCUUUACAGCCUGCCUGAAAACAUCAGAGUAGACCAGACACCUGGCAAAUGCUGAAGAUGUGCAGCAGUAGUAUCUUGUUGUUCUAGUUGAUAGUUGGAUUACCAAAGUCAAAAACAGCCGAGGACUAAAGCCCACUCGCUGGAUUUUUCUAUUCUGUUAAAGGUUCGAAGGGAAACUUUUAAUAUGAGUGCAGCUGAUGUAAAUACGUCCUACAGUUAAGUCUGAAAUGCACUGACAAGUGUUUUUGUGGCUGUCUUUAGUGUGAGUUUUGUUUUUUUGGUUUAUGUACAACUGAAUUUGAGCAUAAUUUCAGGAUAAACUAGAGGGAAGACCAUUAAAUGUUAGCAAGAUUGCCUAAUAUAGAAAUCCUUCUGAAUCUCAGCAUUCUUAACGACAGUUCAGAGAGAAGUGUUGGUAAAAGGAAGCUCCUUCUGCUGAACAAACCAUGGUUGGUACAGGUGGCCCAGUGGCCACUUUCUCUGCGUGGGAUUAUGUGGUGUUCGCUGGAACAAUUUUGGUGUCAGCCGGCGUUGGUCUUUUCCAGGCCAUCCGAGGCCGCAAGGAGACCAGCAGCAAUGAGUUCUUGCUGGGUGGACGGCAAAUGACAGCUGUGCCAGUUGCAAUGUCGCUCACAGCCAGCUUUAUGUCUGGCAUCACAGUCAUCGGCACACCAACUGAGGCUUACCGGUUUGGAACUGCUUUCUGGCUCUAUGGCUUCUCCUAUGCCAUCAUGUCUGCCAUCACCGCUGAGGUCUUUGUCCCGCUUUUCUACAGACUGGGGAUCACUAGCGCCUAUGAGUACUUGGAGAUGCGCUUCAGCCAGCCUAUUCGGAUUAUUGGAACAUCUAUGUACAUCGUUCAGACGGCCCUGUACACUGGUCUGGUCAUCUAUGCUCCAGCUCUUGCACUAAAUCAAAUCACAGGGCUUGAUCUAUGGGGAGUGCUGGUGGCUACAGGAGCGGUGUGCAUCCUCUACUGCACUUUGGGCGGUCUGAAAGCAGUGAUCUGGACAGACGUGAUGCAGAUGGUGACCAUGCUGGCCGGUUUUGUGGCUGUUAUAGCUAGAGGAGCUGUACUGCAGGGAGGCCUGACGAAGAUUUGGGAAGACGCCGGCAACGGAGGCCGACUAGAGGCUUUUGAUUUUGACCCAGAUCCUUUGAAGCGUCAUACUUUCUGGACUAUCAUAGUCGGUGGCAGCAUCAUGUGGGUGUCCAUCUACUCAAUCAACCAGUCCCAGGUGCAACGCUACAUCUCCUGCAAAACCUUACGACAUGCCAAGAUGUCUUUGUACGUGAACAUGGUUGGCUUGUGGGUAACCGUGAGUCUGGCCGUGUUUUCUGGCCUCACCAUGUACUCCAUUUACAAGAACUGUGACCCAUUUACAAAUGGCGAUAUAAGCUCCCAGGACCAGCUGCUGCCCUACCUUGUGAUGGAUAUUCUAGCAGACUACCCUGGAAUCCCUGGCUUGUUUGUGGCUGCUGCAUACAGUGGUACCCUUAGCACGGUAUCUUCCAGCAUUAAUGCUCUCGUUGCUGUCACUGUGGAAGACUUUAUUCUUCCCGUGUGCAAAAACCUCACAGAGAAACAGGUCACCUGGAUGAACAUGGGCCUGAGUGUAUUCUUUGGUGCCCUGUGUAUUGGAAUGGCUGGAGUUGCUUCAUUGAUGGGAAGCAUUUUGCAGGCAGCUCUGUCCAUAUUUGGCAUGAUCAGCGGACCUCUCCUUGGUCUUUACCUUUUAGGCAUGCUAUUCCGCACAACAAAUUCCAUAGGAGGACUUUCGGGAAUGAUCAUUGGUCUUGUGUUGACUCUGUGGGUGGGGAUUGGAGGCCAGGUUUACCCAGCAACAGCUGAAAAGACAAAUCCUCUUCCAGUCAGCACUGCGGGCUGCAACAACACUAUGGGCCAAAACUACACAACAUCAGCUCCGUGGACCAGUCCUCUGACCUCACAGCCAGAUGUGAGGCCACCUCUGGCAGACUCCUGGUACUCUCUGUCCUACGUCUACUUAUCUCUCUUGGGGACACUGACCACAAUGGUGUCUGGCCUGCUGGUGAGCAUAAUCACAGGUGGAUGCAAGCAAGAAAAAAUGAACCCUGAUCUGUUCGUGAAGAGGAGUGAUCUGUUCUGCUUCAGCUGCUGUAGUAAAUCAGAGGCAUCAGUAGCCCCAGAAAAGGCUGCAACAGACUUUCAUAUGGAAGCUGACAACCCAACAUUCACAGACUUUGACGUGAGGAGUAAAGAUGAUGAAAAAGCCACCAAACUCUAAUGAUGCUAUAACAAUACAUUUUUCAAUGCAUUUUUUUUAAACAAAUAAUUGUAACUAUUACUGGUAUGUGCCUAUUUAUGUUGAUAUGAAUGUGUUUCAAACAUGUUGCUUAGAUUAAAAUACAAAAUAAUUCAGACUUUACAAUAAGAAAGAACUUAGUGAUAAAAGCCUGUCAUAACUAAAAUUGAAUUGGAUAUUAGAAAUGUUCCAAUACUGGUAUCCGUUAUUUACCUUUGAUACUGCCUAAAACGCUGGUAUCGGUAACGGGAAGUACUGGAAUUUAUACACCGAUCCGAUACUACGUAAUAAAGCCCUAAAGAAAAUCUACGUUAA